AAUGCUUGUAUGCUUAGACCAGGUGAAGCUGUAUCGUUGUAGUCCAUAUCGCCAUAUUGCCAUAUCGCCAUAUCGCACCGCAUAGUGGCGAGGAUGGUGCAGGAUGACUGCUGAUGGCUCGCGAUGAGUCAACAUGAGCCAUCAUGAUUUCGGCCAGACAAUCUCCCAACUGAAAACGCAGUGGAAGCAGCAAAUAGAAUAUAUCUCUCAUUCAAUCGCUUUCCUCAACGAGAUGAAGAGCGUGACCUUGAUCCCAGGUGCCUGGAUAUCGCUGCCUUGUCACGUGCCUUACCGCCCGCAUCGCGUCAACGUCAUAACCUCUCCUGCUAUCAUCGUCAAUUCGAUUGGCAUCAGCCAAUUAGGCCUCAUUGCUGCUUUUGACAAUAACUCCUUCAUUACGGGCCGUCUUAGAGCCUUGCUAAAACCAGCCCAGCUUCCUUGCACACUGCAGCUGCAGGCAGUUGGGGUGAGGCCUGGUCUCCUGCGCUGUUCGUCCGCCGCUGUCGAUCUCAGGCCCCAGGUCACCAGAUCUCUGUGUUGGCAAUUGCGAUCACUGGGAUCCUGCCCGUGCUCGAUUCCCCCCGGCAUCUAAACACUGACAAGUCAUCAUCGGUCAUCAUUAUUCAGGUUUAUUGCUUAGCGAUUUUCCCGCCAGUCUAUCCGGAAAUGGCUCUUAGCACAGACAAUGGGU